CCCUCAAAUCUCUUUGUAGCCAUUGGUGUCGUUUUCUCUGCUUCUUCCACCCACUUUAUUGGCACGAAAAUUGGGUGACAUUUAUCUGAGAAUUCUCUGCCCCAUAUGCGCUUCCCAUUUUGGAAAAUCUCAGGUGCUUCACAGACAUAAUACAUCUUCCAGUUUCUAUUCUUGUCUGGAAAUCUUGCUUUGUUUUCUCUUUGGAGGAGGCUGAAAAGUAGACGGUUUUUGUUUUUGUUUUGUUUUGUUUUUUUUUUUUCUUUUUCUUUUAGCUAGGCAAUUCAAUACAUCAUGAAUAAUAUAGUUUGGUAUCUGGUGCUGAUGGUUCUCCACAAUUGCUUGGCCUCAACUGGGGUUGGCACUAAUGUUUCAAGCUCCGUGAGACCAAGCAUAGUAAAUAUUGGGGCUAUUUUCUCUUUAAAUUCUCUUAUUGGUAGAGUUGCCAAAGUGGCAAUAGAAGCUGCAAUUGAGGAUGUGAAUUCCGAUCCGUCUGUUCUUCGGGGAACUAAACUGAAAAUCACAAUGCAGGAUUCCAAUUAUAGCGGAUUUCUUGGCAUCAUUGAGGCCUUGCGGUUCAUGGAGAAGGACACUGUGGCCAUAAUUGGCCCCCAAAAUGCUGCAACAGCUCAUGUAAUAGCUCACAUUGCAAAUGAACUCCAAACUCCUAUGUUGUCGUUCUCAGUCGCGGACCCCACUCUUACUCCUCUCCAGUUCCCGUUCUUUGUGAGAACCACGCAGAGUGAUGAGUUUCAGAUGGCUGCCAUUGCGGAAAUGGUUGAUUAUUAUGGAUGGAGGGAGGUAAUUGCAAUAUAUGUUGAUGAUGACCAUGGGAGAAAUGGGAUAAUGGCGUUAGGGGACAAGCUUGUGGAGAAACGCUGUAAGAUCUCCUACAAAGCUCCUUUGGUCUCUGAUGCAAGCAGGGAUAACAUCACAGAUUUGCUGGUCAAGGUGGCUUUAAGCGAGUCUCGCAUUAUUGUGGUUCAUGUUUAUGUUGGCUGGGAACAGGUUUUCGACGUAGCUGAGCGUCUAGGCAUGAUGGGAACUGGAUAUGUCUGGAUUGCUUCUAAUUGGCUCUCCAAUACAUUAGACAUCAAUUCUCCUCUCCCUGCAGAUUUCAUGGCUAAUAUGGAAGGAGUCCUCACUUUGCGUACAUACACACCAGAUUCGAAACAGAAACGAAAAUUUGUUUCCAGGUGGAGUAACUUGACCAAGGGAACGCCAGCUACGGGACCUCUUGGAUUGAAUACUUAUUCUCUCUUUGCCUAUGACACUGUCUGGUUGCUUGCUCAUGCAAUUGAUGCAUUUUUCAAUCAAGGAGGAAAGAUAACAUAUUCAAAUGAUUCGAGGUUGAUGGUGCAGCGCAGCAAUUUAAAUCUUGAUGCUAUGAGUAUCUUUGAUGAAGGAAACUUGUUACUCCAGAACAUCUUAAAGACAAACAUGACAGGCCUGACUGGCCCGUUUGGAUUCACCCCAGAAAGGAACCUCAUUCGUCCCGCAUAUGAAAUCAUCAAUGUGGUUGGAACCGGGAUGAGAAGAAUUGGUUAUUGGUGUAACUAUUCUGGGCUAUCAGUUUUUCCUCCAGAGACGCUUUACAAUAAGCCGGCAAAUCGUUCCAGCUCAAACCAAAAACUAUAUGAUGCAGUUUGGCCUGGACAAACAACGAAGAAGCCUCGUGGGUGGGUUUUUCCAAACAAUGGGAGGCAUUUGAUAAUCGGAGUUCCUAAUAGAGUGAGCUAUCGAGAAUUUGUCUCUCUUGUAGAAGGCACCGAUCAGUUCACUGGCUACUGCAUUGAUGUCUUUACUUCUGCACUGAACAUGUUGCCUUAUGCUGUCCCCUAUAAGUUAAUGCCUUUUGGGGACGGUCUUAAAAACCCGAGUUGCACAGAUCUUGUGCAUUUGAUCACUACAGGAGUUUUUGAUGCAGCAAUAGGAGACAUUGCGAUCAUCACCAAUCGAACAAGAAUGGCUGAUUUCACCCAGCCAUAUAUUGAAUCUGGAUUAGUAGUAGUAGCACCUGUAAGAAAAAGGAAUUCUAGUGCCUGGGCUUUUUUCAAGCCAUUCACUCGAGAGAUGUGGAUUACCACAGCUUUAUUCUUUCUUGUUAUCGGGGCCGUCGUUUGGAUUUUGGAGCACAGGCUGAAUGAUGAUUUCCGGGGUCCUCCCAGAAAACAAGUUGUCACUAUUCUUUGGUUCAGCUUUUCAACUAUGUUCUUUUCUCAUAGGGAAAAUACAGUCAGCACUCUUGGACGCCUAGUACUAAUCAUAUGGCUGUUUGUUGUUCUUAUAAUCAACUCAAGCUACACGGCGAGUUUGACCUCAAUCCUCACGGUGCAACAGCUCACUUCCCCCAUUAAAGGUAUUGAAUCCUUAAUUGAAACCAGUGACCCCAUUGGCUACCAACAAGGUUCCUUCGCGAGGAACUAUCUGAUAGAUGAAAUCGGCAUUCAAGAAUCCAGACUCGUCCCUCUCAACUCUGCGGAGGAUCAUGCUAAAGCCUUGCGUGAUGGUCCCCACGGCGGUGGUGUUGCUGCUGUUGUGGACGAGCGCGCUUACAUAGAGCUAUUCCUCUCAGCACACUGCGAAUUCAGUAUUAUUGGCCAAGAAUUCACCAAGGCUGGAUGGGGAUUUGCCUUUCCGCGGGACUCGCCCUUGGCGGUUGACAUGUCAACGGCCAUUUUGAAGCUGUCGGAGAAUGGGGAUCUCCAGAGGAUCCAUGACAAAUGGCUCAUGAGGAGUGCCUGCAUUUCGCAAGGCACGAAGCUUGAAGUGGACCGUCUUCAACUCAAGAGUUUCUGGGGUCUCUUUGUGGUAUGCGGGCUGGCUUGCUUGCUUGCUCUCUUUAUAUAUUUCAUCCAGAUGGUGCGCCAGUUUAGUAGGCUCCAUAAAGAGGAAGCGCAGCCCUCUGGUAGAAGCCUGCACUCCGGUCGUCUUCAAACGUUUCUUUCGUUUGCUGACGAGAAGGAAGAUGAAGUGAAAAGCCGCUCUAAGACAAGGCAAUCCGAAAGCGCCUCAAAUAGAAGCACAGGCCAAGAUGAAUCAAUGAACGGUUCCAAAGAAUCAUAUGCUGAAUCAUCUUCAAGUAGAAGCCAUGCAAAUUGUAAUAAUGCCUGAUUAGAACCAUCUUAUAAUGCCUAACCACAUAUUUUCUUUGUC